UAUUUCAUUUCUGUUUUGCGUGUGGUUGGUAUCGCGAACUGGGCUGCGGAAGACGUCAAAUACAUUUCAUCCUCCAGUCCUAUGCGCUGAUUGCAGGCGCAAUCUAGUCGACGGCCAGCAAAAUGAAUAGCGAAGAAGAAAGCCCCCUCGAAGUAGAAAUUGAGGCACUGAAGGCAAUUUACAUUCACGAGUUGACAGUUGACCGAAGCGAGAGCAACCAACUGACAAGCGUUAAGGUCUCCCUUCAUCCGGCAACAGCGGACAAUGCAGACGAACAGUAUGUACGACUGGAUCUCGUCUUCAACGUCCCAGCCAGGUAUCCUGAAACCCUGCCUGACAUUGCCAUCCGCAACCCACGCGGUCUGUCGGACGAGAAGAUCGAGAAGAUACGGACAGAGCUGCAAGAGACAGCGGAGAGCAAUGUCGGCUGUCCCAUGCUGUACCAGCUCAUUGAGGUGGCCAAAGACCAUCUGACGGAAGAGAACGUUCCCUGCUGCCAGUGCACGAUCUGCCUGUAUGGAUUCGUGGAAGGCGACGUGUUCACAAAGACCCAGUGUUACCACUACUUCCACUCUCACUGCUUAGCACGGUACAUACGGCACGCACUGGAUCAGAUCUCCAAAGAAGAAGAAGAAGGUUCAAAGAGGCCGCCCUGCCUGGAGAAGACGACAGCGUCCGAAGUUCUGUGUCCGGUCUGCCGUCUGCCAAUAUCUCCGGAAGACAUGGCGGAGAAGGACUAUCCCCCUCCGGUGGAGAUGACCAAGCAGCCCAAUUUUUCUCUCACUCCAGAAAUGCUCCAGUUGCAGCAGGGUAUGGCGGAGCUCUACUUAAGGCAGCAGAAUCAAGGCGGCAUCAUCAACGUGGAUGAUGAGAAGAACAAGUUCCUCUUGGAAAUCUCGGCCGCACCGGAAAGCAGUGCAGGAGGAACCAUAGAAAUCCAACACCGCCACCACAACCCGGUCAGAACUCCCACGCUCCUGUUCUCGUCAGAAGACAGGGCCACCUGUUACUCCACGACCGACCGACCCCUCCAGAGCGGCUCGAGUUACCCCUCCCAACAGAAACGUCCGCCGAGGAGAGAUCACCCGCGUCACCAACACCGCAGUAACCUUCCGCCCCGCAGUCACGAGGAGGGGCCGGCACACGGCGAGACGACGAGCAGCAGCGCGGAGCGCAACCGCGACGAUUCCUCGACCAGUCCCGCGGAAGGAGAGGGGCCGUCGCGGAGGAGCGACAGACAGUACAGGCCACGCAAACCGUUUGGGAGAGGGUACAGACAGUCCGCCUUUAAACCGGCGCACAGCAGGAGGCACGACUUCCCCGGUUUCGAGGGAAGCAAGCCGCACGAAUGGAAUGGAGUGGCCAGCAAACCUCCGAGGGCCUUCGAUAAUUUGAGGCAACAAAACAACUUUCGCCCACCCUCCAGACAUGCGGAACCGGCGGCUUGCGAAAAUGGUGAAGGGAGUCGACCGCGCCCGAAGAAGUCACACUCCCCUACGCGGAGGUCCGCGGGGCCGGGCUUCGGCGUCUUUGGAGACGACGCAUCGGAGAGGAGGCAAGAAGGGGAUGCCCGCGGACACGAACAUCACAGCAACCGUCGAGGACGGUCGUACGGUAGGAGGAGGGACGACGGUCGGCCCUCUCGCGGAGGGCACGCGCCACCCGAAGCCUGUCGCAGCGCGGAUGGCAGAUGACGACGGGAGAAAUUGUGUCUCUGGGUGCAGAACUGCAGGCUCAGGACUACUGAGAAGCGUGGCAUAGUCGCGGAGUGUUGCUCUCGUCAUUUUAGGACCUCGGUGUUAAUAUAUAUUUCGUCUCCGUCGAAGUUCGGCAGUGCACUGCCGCUGGUGAUGUACAUAGUUGUUGAUAAGCUGAUGUCGAGACUGCGUUGCGGAGUGGACGUGCACAAGGUGGAGCUGCUGUUCACGUUGCUAAUGUAUGAAGCAUUAAAUGUGGAUUGAGUCUGUGUA